CCCUCCAUCCCUCCCUCCAUCCCUCCCUUUCUGUGAGCUGAAGUGUGAGAUCGAGAGGAAGACGAGGGAGAAACAUUAACAGCAGGAGGAGACGAGGAAGGAGGAUGAGCGAGGAGGGAGGAGGUGCAGGAGCUCAGAUGAGAGUAUUUCUGAGAAGGCAGGCCGACGGUGAGGGAGGGAGGCUGAGGCGCAGACACGCAGGGAGGAGGAUCCCGACACAAUAAGGACACAAAGAGGAGCAGAGGCUGAGCUGGCACCAUGCUGAGGAGGAAGAGGAGCGUCUCCUUCGGAGGCUUUGGCUGGAUUGAUAAGUCGACAGUCAGCGCUCUGAGAGCUCGCAAACAUGACCACCUGACCAUCCCCAAUGUUGCAUCAUCAGAUUGCCCCCCCUCCCCUCCCCGGACCGCACCCCCCACCAUGAAGUCGGCUCAUUUCUUCGACGCGAUGGACAAGAUGGAGCAGGUGCCUGAAGCUGCUGAGAUGAAGACGAUUCCUCAGAGACAGAAGGACGACUACAUUCCUUAUCCGAGGAUCGAGGAGGUGUUGCAGAGGGGAGGUCCGUAUCCUCAGGUUAUCCUGCCGCAGUUCGGAGGUUACUGGAUUGAGGAGCCUGAGGUUCCACCACCUCCUGCGCCUCCUCCUACCUCUCUAGAGAGCAGAGGUGAGGAUGAGGAGGAGGGGGAGGAGCGGGGAAGACCUGGGGGAAGAGAGGGGGGAGAAGAUGCAACCCCAGGGGAUUAUGGGUACCAGCUGGAGGAGAUCAAUGAGGCAGCACGGGCGUACCGGAAGCACUUCCUGGGAAUGGAGCACUUGAACUUUUCCUGCUCGGCCAGCAGUCUGGGAAACCUGCUGCUGUCAGUGAGACACGAGGAGGAGAAGGAGCAGGAGUUCCUUCAUGUGAUCAUCAGGUCUCGGCUGAAAAGCGUCUACCACAGGUUAUCGCUAACAGAACUGCCGGACAUACCGAGCGUACCGGAGCUGGCAAAGCUGCUGUGCGAUGAAGCGGCCGGUCUACGGUUCAGCCCUGUCCUCUACCCGAAGGCAUCUCAGCUGAUUGUGAGCUAUGACGAGCAUGAGGUGAACAACACCUUCAAGUUUGGAGUGGUGCACCAAAGGUUUGGGCAGGUGUCUGAGGAGGAGCUAUUCACCAACAACGAGGAGACGCCGGCCUUCACGGAGUUCCUGCAGCUGCUCGGAGACACGGUGGAGCUGCAGGACUUCAAGGGGUUUCGUGGAGGUCUGGACGUGUCGCACGGUCAGACGGGGUCUCAGUCCGUGUACACCAUCCACAGACAGCAGGAAAUCAUGUUCCACGUGUCCACCAAGCUGCCCUUCACCGAGGGAGACGCACAGCAGCUGCAGAGGAAGCGUCACAUAGGCAACGACAUUGUCGCCGUGGUGUUUCAGGAGGAGGCCACGCCCUUCGUCCCGGACAUGAUCGCCUCCAACUUCCUCCACGCCUUCGUUGCGGUGCAGGUGGAGGAUCCCUGCUCCGACCAAACCUCCUACAAGGUGUCCGUCACAGCAAGAGAAGACGUCCCACCGUUUGGCCCGCCCCUUCCUAAUCCAGCCAUCUUCAAGAGGGAUCCAGAGUUCAGAGAGUUUCUCCUCACAAAACUCAUCAACGCAGAGCUGGCAUGCUACAAGAGUGACCGUUUUGCCCGACUGGAGGAGCGAACCCGGGCUGCCCUGCUGGAUGGCCUCCAUGAUGAGCUGCAGAGACGUUCGCAGAGCAUGCUGGGACUCACCUCGGGUCUGGAGGACGAGGGGCGAGCGGAGAACGGGCAUGCCCAUGGAGGACUGCUGGAGUCCAUCAAGAGAGCAAUGAGAGGGCGUAGCGUCUCCAUGGAAACCAUGUCACGGAGUGGGGCGGGCCUGCCCACCAGCCUGAGUGGGGGGGGUCUGGCGCACCUGAGCAUUGAGUGUAACGUCAAAUCUCCAGUGAAGAGACGCUCAGGACUUUUCCCUCGUUUGCUGAGCAUUGACAGCCAGACAGAGAAGCACGGCUCCAGGAGUCUCCUCAGCGAACAGCGCAGCUUUGACGGCUGCCACCCGAUGCUGGAGGUGAGGUCAGAGCUGCCGUCCAAUCCCAGCUCUCCAGAGGCGGGGCAACGGGACAGGAGUCACAUGAAGAAAGAGAGCAGUAAAAUCUCCAGAUCGACGUCAAGCACUUGCAGCUUCAGCAUCCCUGCAGAUGACGCUCACCUGGCCAUGCCGGUAGAUACCCAGACUUCUUGUCCGUUGAUCAUCUGCCGCAGCCCCACAGAGCUGAGAAACAAAAACUCGCCCAGAUCCAACCUGAAGUUCCGCUUCGACAAAUUGAAUCACUCCGCUGCUCAGGGACACUAGACCACAAGGACAGCAGUUGGAGAAAACAGCCACGAAGUCCAGAUGAAGAUCAGCCUCCACUCUCACACACACACAUACACACAUAUGUGCAAUCCGAGGACGUCAGUCUGAGGGAGACACGACUCAUGUCUUUGUCUUUGUGAGGACUCGGUAUGACAAACUUCAGACCUGAUGUGCAGCAUUCACUUCUGUUUCUGUCUGACGUCACAGUGCUGAAUAUCUGUAAAGAAGCACCAUUAACUAUCAAAUGGAUCGGUUUAUUUAUCUUCAUGAGAGCGUAGCAAUGGUGUGAUUGAGACACUUCACAAACUCAGAAAACCUUUCUUAGGACUGACUUUAUAAAUUUGCUUGUGAGAGAAAACCCAGAGUUUCUGACUGUACAAAUUUAAGGGAUUUAAGUGCUUCACGGAGAAGGACUUGAAAUGAAGACAGACACUUUUAUUUCUCCAGUUACUCAAUACUAAGGCUGACCUCUCGGCUUCGAGCCGCCAGGUGGCUGCAGGCGGCAUCGUCUCAAAUAGCUCAGACAGAAAUAGCUCAGUUUGAAAAUUUGUCCUGACAAAUUCAGAAGGACAUGAGUUGACAUGUAUUCAAACAUGGUAGUUAAAAAGGGAAAUUCUUCAACAUUCCUGCUUUGUUGCUGCAGAAGUGUCGGUCACAUCGAACAUGCAGGGCUGCACAUCUCUCUUCAUAGCAGAGCACUUUCAGCUCAGUUUACAUCCAUUAAAUCCAUGUUAAAAAUGUACAUCUUCUCACAUUUAACUUUUGUAUUUACUUUGGAUCAAAAUCUAAUAAUCAACUAACAGGAAACCGGGCCAAAGCAGAACUAUUUGUCUGAAACUUAACGACAUCAAUGACUCGUAUGUUUCAGGUUCUAACACUCCAACGUUUUGCCUGACCAGUAGUCAAAAAUCCUCAUAAAUCAUUGGGAUUAUUGCUAUAAAACAAUGGAGCUUCAGAUUUUAAUCCUGAAACAGCGAGCUGAGCACUAAAUGUUGAUGCACGUUCAGUUAAAAAAAAGACAUGCCUGCUCUGCCCUGAUUGGUCGGCUCCUAUGGGGCGAUCAGGUUCCGCCCACUAGUCUGCUGAAUUUUAUUGAAAUAAAAUAGCUUUUCAUCAGACAAACAGAACUUCAGGAUGACUUAUGAGUUGUUGUUUGUUCUAUUGUGCUUCAGAAUGUGAAAAUCACAUUAAGCAUGCCGGCUAAGUUUGUGUCAUUGUUGGAACAGAUAUCGCUUCAUUAGUGAAGUUUAGUGCAGCAUGGAUUCGUUAAUAGACAUUUAAAUAUUAGAUUUGAUUUUAUUGGGAAUAGCAUUUUAUGCUGCAGUCAGGUUGCACUUCCUUGUCUUUACAGUCUGAUAUAUUCUUGUGCAAACAUCAAAGCACCACUGUUAAUGGCUUCAACCAAGGAACUAAAUAUACAGUUCCUCUACUGACCAGUAGGGGCUUCAGAAGGGGGUAGGGGGUGGGGUAUUGUUUUUGUACCAAGUCAGGUGAAUUUAUAUAAAGCAAUACGUUUAUUUUUUCAUACUGUAUUUGGCGCAGCCUUUGACUGGCAGUCGGUUUAGCCAGUGGCGAUUAGCCGUCAUCCCUUCUUCAUGGAUCAUCGACGUGCUAUGAGGCUAUGCGAAGCAUUUGGCCGGUUAUACUAACCACUUGUUGGCUAAAUGCAACUGUUGUUUCGGAUUUUGCCGCCAAAACAACAUUUAAAACACGACGUUGUGCAGAUCCACAACAGAAGAAUCAAUCGUUAAACUAAGCGCGAGAAAACAAAGAAGAAAAACGUAAAGUAUCAAAAAUUGUGUUGGACAUGAAUUCCGCGCAUGGUCCAAGAGUUCUCCAUAUUGACUUUUGUUCAGUGGUCUGUUAAAACUGCUGUUUUUGUUUCCUCUGAUUCCAAAUUAGCGCAAAUAAAACAAUGUUCUCCAGCAUCGCCAUUUUUGGUUGAUAUCAGUAGUUGACCUCCGUGCAGCAGGGGGCGAUGUUGAACUGAAGAAUUAUGAAAGGCUGAAAUGUUUAGUGACCUUCUGACCAAUCCUGGUCAGAUGGGGCUCAGCAGCAAGCGUUUCUCUGUGGACCCUCAAGAGGUUGAACAUAAACUGUACUGAAAACAGGAGCCUGAAUCGCUAACUGGACUUUUCCACAGAAGUUCAAUGUGAACUAACACUGGUAUGUAAACCGGACCACUCUGACUGGCAUGUAGCAGCAUCCCUUGUGGUUUGUCGACAGAUGCAGCUUCAAAGAUCCAGCACGAGCGACUGUUAAUAAUUGUUUUUCUUCACUGCCGUCUGAUGCAAAAACCGACAUGUUGCACUAAAAUGACUGAAAGCUCUGCGAGUAGUGGACCAUGUAUCUAAAUGAAGCUGGAUCAGCUGACUGCACCAGAAACAUAGAUCCGCUCCUCCUCAGGAGUCCAGGUUCAAGCUUUUCAGAGAAAAAGCAGCUUCUUUUGAAAAUAUGUAGCAUAAAUAUAACGAUGUCAAUGUGUGUUUCUGUGUCCGUUAUCUUUACAAAAAUGUGACGUAUAAA